UGCUAUUCUGUUUCAGGAAAAAUAUAUUUUUGUGACAAUGUUUCUGUGGACUUCUUGUAUAAAAUUUCGCCACAAAAUACCCUAAGAUUUCUCCGAAGAUGACAUUCUAGCUUGACGCGUUCGAUGUUUGUGAUAUAUGAGAGACAAAGAUGGUGAAAUUGAAAGAUUUUCACAUCAUUUUGGACAGUAACAAAACUGUGUAUUCGGCAGGCGAGUAUGUCGCUGGACAUGUUGUGGUGGAGUUGCGAGGUGAUAUGAAGAUGAGGGGCAUUCGAAUUUAUAUGCGUGGAUUAGCAAAGGUGCAUUGGAGUGAAUCGCGGGGCGGUGGGCACCAGACUGGUUCCUACACCAAGUACUAUGAUGCAGAAGAAGAAUAUUUCUACAUGAAGCAAGUGCUCUUUGGAAAAGAUGAAAACGAGGGAGGAAGUAACCCUGUACUAAGAGCAGGUCACCAUGAGCUACGAUUCAGUUUUCAAAUUCCUUAUGGGAGAGUAGCAACAUCAUUCGAGGGCAAAUACGGGCGUAUUCGGUACUGGUUGAAAGCCGAGAUCGACAAACCCUGGGGUUUCAAUAGCAAGACAAAACGAGCUUUCACUGUUAUCGACCAUAUAGACAUCAAUACACCUGCCCUCUUGGCGCCUCAGACGGGAUUUCAAGAGAAGACAGUUUGUUGUGGGUUGUGUGUUGCUGGCAAUAUCAGCAUGUCCAUCCGAACAGACAGGAAGGGAUACUGUCCAGGUGAAUCCAUAGCCAUUUCCGCUGAGCUUCAGAACGGUUCGUCACGUCGUAUUAAGCCGAGGGCAACACUCUACCAACGGACCACUUUCUUCGCCGAUGGAAAAUCCCGAUCAGUGCGCAAUCCGGUCGCCUUUCUACAGGGCACUACCAUCAGGGGGAGGAGGACCGAGAACUGGAAUAACAAGCUGUUGAAGAUACCACCCAUCACCCCCACUCUGACCAACUGUGGCAUUAUCAAAUUAGAGUACUUUCUCACUAUAUGCCUUGACAUCACCGGUGCCAUGAAUCUGAAUCUACUACUACCCGUCAUGAUCGGCACGGUGCCCCUUAGAGCGCCCCCGUACACUCCGUUUGACCCUCUCGCUGUUGGCAGUCUGGACCUCGGUUUUGCUGAAAUGUUUCCCAGCCCACCUAUCGCUGACAUUGCCCCUCCCAGCUAUGCAGAGUGUUUGUUUGGUGCUGUUGAUAUCCGAGACGACGAGACAGAAGACAUUAUGGGAGACAACCUCAUGUUCACGCCGAUGUACACCUACGUCCCUAAUUAUGAAUUCAGACAACCGCCUCCUCCCUACUCCCCAACCGACCCGAAUGCUUCAAUUUCCCAUAGUUCAUCAGACCAUUACAGCGCCGGAGUGUCUUGACGUGACUAGCCUUAGACGACGCCAGAAUCAUUUCACAAACACAAAAAGAGUUAAUACGUCAUCGGUUUGUCGGCAACGUCUGUAAGGUAGGCAGUCAUAUGGAUUGUGCAAUAACAACAACAACAACAACAAGAUCAAAAGCAUCACUUGUAAGCGACCAAUCUUCAAUAGAGAUAUUUAAGGUAACAUCUAAUGCAAUACCUUAGGUUUUUUACUCAUUAAGAGACAUACCAAGACCACGUUUAAUUUGUUAACGAUGAAGCUGCUUUGUCAGAACUGCUACCAUAUAGACUCCUUGCAUAACGUGAAACGCUAUAUGAAUGCACACGUUGUUACGCACAAAGAACAGCUAUCGUCCAAUCAUUUGCCUCCUUUGACCCCAGUGGGGGCGCUUUUUGACCCCAGUGAGGGUGCUUUUUGAGCCUGUGACGUCACUUGCAGGGGGUUUAUUGUUCUAAAAAUGUAUAUUUAUUGACCAAAUUCGCCUGAUAUUAUCGCCCGUGAUAAAUUGGUUGCGCCAUUUUGGAUGUCAGAUUCUGUGAAUGUGUUAAUAUGCAGUGCCUCGUGUACCGUAUCUGUACUCCCAAAAAUGGCUUUCCAUAAGCAGACAGUACCCAUGUGUGUGGCCGGUGGAACGGGAGGGCUUCACCUUUGGAAGAAAGUUGUUUGUGACAGUUUACUUUUUUUUGCAAUUACUGGAAAAGUUCAUCAAUUUGUUGUAGAAACCUAUCACACCAUGUGAGUUUAUAGUACUGGUUCCAUUGUCCUCUGAAUUUUAAAUGUAAAACGCUGUUUAUUUUGUGAGAUAAUUGCUGUUUGGUCAUUACAAAAAGUAAAAAAUAAUACUGUGCAGUUCUUGUAUAGCACUUCACACCUGGGGUUGUUUCAAAGCUCUUGUUUUUUCCUGCAAGGUAUGCGGAGCUGUAUGUUCGAAAUAUAAGACCCAUUUAUUGACAUGGUAAAAUGUAACAGGUUUGAAUGUGGCACAAUCUGUGGACAACCAUACCAGUAAACACAGGGUCAAACUCCUUCUCUGAAUGAUAAGUGUACUUGGUUCCCUAUGUGCAUUGUGCAAAACACGGGACCUACUGCUUUACUCCCAUCCAAAGGACAAAUAAAUAGUGAUUAAGAGUCUUGCUUAAGGACACGAGUGUCAAAACUUGAUCUUGAACCCCCACUCUGCUGAUCAGGAACACCAGAGCUUGAGUCCGGUGUGCUUGACUGCUCGGCGACACACCACCAUCAUCUUCAUUGAUCAACUACUACUUGCGCUUGCAUCGUGAGCGAUGACGAAUAGACCAUGUGUCCCUUUCCAUCAUCUUUGAGUUGCGAACUUCAUAAAGCAACAAAAAUCAACUGUGUGGAAAUCAAGACCAGCCAUGACGCCGCCCACCUCGCCCAACUUCCGUCCAGUUUGCCUUAAGUGCUGAACAGACGUUUUAAACCGUCUGUUCUGCCAAGUACAGCAAGAUUGGAUCGUCGUUUGAUAAGGAGGGUAAGAAAGUCAGUCAACAGUCUCUGCAUCAGUGUAGGCCCUUUUUGAAACCACGGCAUCGGCUCCAGAUUCAGCUCAGGCUAUCUUGGCUCCACGGUUGUUUUGACAAUAAUGCAUGUUUCGCGUACAUGCUCAGGGCUUCAGACGUGAGAACGGAGCCUGAAGCUGAAUCCAAAGGCAAAGCCAUGGAUUCGAAAAAAGGGCUAUACUUUUAGCGUGGUAAAUCUGUAGGGAGAGAUAGUAAUGUCCUCUUGAUUUUUUUGUAACAAUGACCUGAACUACACAUUGUAUGUUGCAUACUUGUUAAAAAGGUUUGGUGUGUUACAGUCACACAAACAAAAAGUUAUUUUGAGAGAGUCGGCUUCAAAAAAACUAUUAAACUAUUAGCGCAUUUUUGGUGGACUUGUAUGUUUUAUGGUUUUAUUUAGUGUAUAUGGUGAUCGGUAUUUAACUUGACACAUUUUUGGUGGUCGAAUACUUCUGUGUUUAAAAGAGCUCAUUUUCAGUGAGUGUUUAUUCUAAAAGACUUACUCAUUCUGUGUUUUAAAGACACUGGACACUAUUGGUAAUUGUCAAAGACUAGCCUUCACAGUUGGUGUAUCUCAACAUAUGCA